AUGGAUUAUCGAUCGCCUUCGCGAGACCGUUUUGAGUCGCGUUCCCCAACCCCCAAGUCGCGUUAUUCUCGAUCGCCUUCUCCAGUUCGACGACGCCGAUCCCCUACAAAAUCACCAUCUCCUGCUCCUCGUCGCAACGGCAGGCUCCGCAGCGAGAGCAGAAGCCCAAGUCGUGAUCGUGAUGACCGGGGUAGAAGUGAGAGUCCGCUUAAGGGCAGUACUAAGAUCGUUGUCGAAAAACUGACAAAAACUAUCAAUGAGGAUCACUUGCACGAGAUCUUUGGCCAGUAUGGGCCUAUCAGAGACCUAGAUAUGCCUAUGAAUCGACAGUACAAUACCAAUCGUGGUACAGCUUACAUCCUCUACGUCCACGAGGCCGAUGCCGAGGCGGCUAUUGCUCACAUGCAUGAAGCUGUCCUCGAUGGAGCGGUUAUCAAUGUUUCCAUCGUUUUACCCCGACGCAAAUUCUCGCCUUCUCCCCCGACUGCAAGCCGCGGCGCAAAUAUCGACCCUCGACUCCCGGCGCCCGGCCCCAGAGGUUCUGGUAGAACUGGAGGCGGAAGAGGGGGUGGAUUUGGCGGAGGAAGGCCGCCACGCUCGCCGCCACGCUUUGGUCGCUCCGGUCGUGAUAACUUCGACACCUACCGACCGCGAUCAUACUCGAGAUCCCGAUCUCCACCUACGCGCCGUAAUCGUAGUCCUUCGGGUUCUUUCGCAUCUAGGUCUCGGUCUCCCCCGAGAAGACGGGGCGGAAAGAGAGAGGGCUACAAUGAUUACGACAAUGAUAGACGACGUAGUCCUAGCUAUGACAGCUUCCGAGCUCGCAGUCGUUCGCGCAGUCGUGGUAGGGGGUACCGCUAA